UCAGUGUUGCAAGUGCUGAAAAAAAAAAAAAAAUCUAUAGUUUUUUGAGAUUACGUUUCGUUUCACGUAAACAUAACAAAAUGGAAACACAAUUCCAACUUUUGUUCGAUAAAAUGAAACUAGAAAUGCAAAAACAAUCUGAGGUAAUUACUGAAUCCAUUACGAAGAACAUUAUGUCUAGACUGGAUGAAAAAUUAACACCGAUAAUAGAAGAAAACAAAAACUUAAAGCUAAAAAUAGAAUCCCAGGCGAAAGAAAUAGAAUAUUUAAAAAGAGAAAAAAGAAAUAACAAUAUAAUUAUAUUUGGUGUGGAAGAAAUAGAAAAAUCAACAUUAGAAUUAAUGGAUAUGAUAACUAAAACAUUCAAAAGCGACAUAAAUAUUGAUAUCGAAGAAAAUGCAAUAAACAAUUUGUACCGAUUAGGAAAAAAAAGUAUAGAAGGUAACAAACCGAGGCCAGUCUUCUGUUCUUUCGUUAACGCAUGGAAAAAGAAUGAAAUAAUGAAAAACAAAAAACACCUUAAGGAGAUAUACGUCACUGAAGACUACCCAAAGGAAGUUCUGGCGAAAAGGAAGGCGUUGCAGGCGGAGUUGGUAGAAGAAAGGAAAAAGGGGAAAAUAGCGUUUUUGAAAUAUGAUAGACUUGUAGUAAAGGAAAUUGAAACAAACAACGAAAAAAGAAAACGGGAAACUUCUUCUUCACCACAUUCUUCGGAUAUUCAACCUAAAAAACAGCAAGCCACCGUACCCUUUAAGGCCAAUAGAACAAACGCAUUUGAUUUGAUGAGAAUGAGAUCUAACUCUCUUACUAACGCCCCUACAAACAAGCAACAGUAGCAACAAAUUCUCGGCAAUCGGAAAAUCCAACAAAAACAAGAAACAAAAAUAUAUUCAAGUACAAAACUACACCCUCCCCCAAGCCGACUGGUCCUCGUGGGGGAAAACGACCAACACCCUCUAAGGAUAGACAAACAAAAAAGGGAAAAUAACUACCUCAUACAUAUAGCGACGCUUAAUACACGCUCACUAAGAUCCCCAGAUAAACUCAUUGAACUAGAAACAGCAAUAGACGAAAUAAAUUGGAGUAUUAUUGGUAUAAGCGAAGUGAGAAGACUAGGAGAAGGAAUAGAAGACCGCGGGAAGUAUUUACUGCAUUACAAAGGAGAAACACCGGGGCAAUACGGUGUUGGUUUUUUAAUAAAAAAGAAAUAUACCGACAGAAUCGAAGAAUUGAAAGGCAUAUCUGAAAGAAUAGCAAUACUCAACAUCAAACUUCCCGUACAAAACAGCAGAGAUAAAUUAUGGUCAAUUAUUCAAGUGUACUCGCCAACUGAACCAGAUAAAAAACAAGAUGUAAACAAAAUAGACGAAUUCUACCAAAAAUUACAAAGUACUGUGGAUACUGCUCAUAAAAAUAUAAUAAUAAUGGGUGAUUUUAAUGCACAAAUUGGGGAGUGCCAAAGUGGCGAAGAGUACACCGUAGGAAGACACAGUUAUGGUAACAGGAGCAAAAAUGGGCAAAGAUUGGUUAACUUCUGUUUAGAAAAUAAACUAAGUAUCCUUAAUAGUUUCUUUAACAAGAAAAAGAAUAAGAAAUGGACGUGGACUUCCCCAAAUGGGCUCAUUAAAAAUGAAAUUGAUUAUAUUAUGACAAAUAAACCAAAAGUUUUUAAAGAUAUGUCAAUUUUACAUAAUCAAAAUUUUAAUUCGGACCAUAAAAUGAUUCGUGCUACGUUACGAGGUACUUAUACAAAGAAAAGUCGAAGGCUGCACACUGAAUCGGUUCCCUAUGUGAACAUUAAAAACAACGCAGAAAUAAUGAAAAGCUUAAAAGAAACUCUAGAGAGAAGAGAAGGAAAAGAAUACGAUAAACCGAUUGAGGCGAAAUACUGCGACUUUGUAAAUACUCUCAAAACUAAAGCUAGGAAAGUAUUUUCAAAUAAUAAAGCCAUACUAUCCAACGAAACCAUUCAAUUACUUAAAGAAAGAAAAAUACUUUUACAAGGCAAGAAAACCAAAGAAACGCGAAAAGAUAUCGCAGAAUUAAGUAAAAAAAUCAAUAUAAAUAUAAGGAAAGAUAGGAAACAAAAA